GGCCCGUGGCCCGCCGGCCGGAGGGCAGGCGGUCCGCACGGCCCCGGGUGCCGGGCCCUGGUUGCGCCCCGCCCGGCGCUCAGCCGGCACCGCCGCCCCUGUGCGCCUCCCUCUCCCUGCCUGCCGCCCGGGGUCUUGUCCCCAUCGGUGCCGCUUUAUCUGCCUGCUCCAUCACAGAUUGCCCUCUGGAUUUUAACGGUUUUAAGCAAAUGAAGUAACUGGUUUCUGCCUCGGCCGACAUCCCGCCGUACUUCCCUCGGGCCCCGCGGCUCCUCCCCUGGGAGCACCGGCCUCCCCGCAGCGCUCGCUCGAAAGUUCCUGCCGGGGCCUGCUGGAUCUACAGCCGGAUCCAGGGCUGAGCCUUGGAUCUGCAGCCAGAGUCUGCUCCAAAGGCGGCCUCGGCAGCUUGCUGGUUUUGCCCUUCCCGCCUGCUUCCGUCCACAGGCUCAGCUUCCCUGCCCUUCCCAGGAAGGACAGCGUGUAGCGUUCAUCGCUCUGCAGCUCCUUCCAGCCGACUUGUACAUGGUGGCUUCCAGGGUAGAGAGGUGCCCCAAAGCCUCUCAAGGAGAUAUUUCUUUGAUCAUUAGAAUGGCCUGUGCUGAAGUGGUCUCGAUUCAGUAGAUGAAACUUGGCGUUUGUGAUGUGGAUAACGGGUGGCAGGCACGUACGUUAAAAUUUUCAGCAAAUUUGUUGCCAGGGCUGGUGCUCGUCCAGUCUUUCCUCAUGCCCGAAUUCUGUAUUUUUGCUUCAACCCCUAGACAUCAUGGGACAGCCUUUGUAAAAUAAUUUGGUUUAAUCAGCAAAUACAAAUGGAAAUGUCUUUGGCAAUGUCAUCAGAAUAGUUGAAAAUGAAUGACGAGGCAACUGAAUUAAUCUCUCUCCAGCUGAGAAGAAUGUAUACUUUGCUGCUGUUCUAUGGAAACAGAGCUUCAGUUUCCAGAACUAUUAACCACAGUUGUUAUAUCUAAUUCAAAAAAUGUUUAAAGGGCUGUGAAAAUAGGAUGUGUAUGAUUUUGUAAUAUUUUCAUUUAUAUACCUUGAUGAAUAUAUUAAGUUACAGGCAAGUAAAAACCAUUGUGACUUCCAUGGUAUUAUUCUUUCUGACUGGCUGUUCACAUUUCUCUGAUUUACAAAAGCACUUUGAUAUUACAAUAGGAGCCUCUUCAUAUCUCUUUUACAUUCAACGUUGACCGACUUUACGUCUUCUUUUGCCUUCACCCUUUUAGAUGUCACUUUGCUCCUCAAAAGGAAUCUUUAGAUGCCUUGACCACUUGCUAUGGUAUCUUUUCUAGUUUAUCUUUCUGUUUCUUCAUGUUCUCCUUUUUGAUCACACCAAGGGAUUGCAGACACUGAGCACCUCCUUAAUGUGGGAAUUUUCAAGCAUACAUUCUGAAUAGCACAACAAAGUUACAGGUGCUCUGUGGCUCAAAAUGUUUGGAAGGAAAAAUUAUUUAAAAAAAGCUCAGGUGUCUGACCCAAAGCUCACUGACCUGCCAUCAACUUCGAUGAGGUUUAGAGCAGGAACUGUGUAUUUCAAUAGUGAAGUUAAUCACAUCUUUUAAACUUAAAAAAAAAUAAAUGUGGAAAACAGUAAAUAGCAGCCAUGAGUACACUUCUAAUUAAGGCUUAAACAGGUUCAGAAAAUGUCAUUAGCCCACACAUGCCCAGCCACUGAAAUCUCCAGUGAGGGAAAGUCCUCAGUGUACAAUCACAUCUGUAAUGAUGCAAGCUGCACAGGGUAAAUAACAAAAAUAGCACAUUGUAAGAUUUUGUGAAUAACACAAGACUGGUGUCAGCAGCUGCAAAAAGCUCUCUAAGCCUGGGUACAGUGUGCCUGCCUGUGUGACGCUGGAGCCUCUGGGCUCCCAUGGGAGCGUCUGUAAGCAGGGAGCUCACUGCUGUGCCCUUCCAGGAGAAGCCCCUGCCUCUCCCUCUCAUAGCACAGUCCUGCUGGGAAAGGUCUGUGGCUGAGGAAGGAGCAGGCUGGUCUGUCAGCAGAGGGAAGGAGAGGGAAUAAUGAAGGCAAUUCUCUGGGAGAUGCUGAGCAGAAGAGACCUUUUGACCUGACUAAUGGCUGACAUACGAGACUCCUGUACUGGAUCGAUUGCUUGGACAAAGGGAAGGGUGCCUGCAUCGUGUGACUGCUGGGAAGACUGCAAAACCACUGUGCCUGGGGAGCUGUGUGAGACUCGUCAUUGAGAGGAAGGCACUUGCUUGCCUGGGUGGAAGCAGAAACCAGAAACUGAAUUUCACAUGGACACGUUUCAGACGUGAUAGAUUUUGAUUCAGACAUGGGGAGUGGCAGUUGGUAGUUGUGGUAGUUUAAUACAGCCUGAAUGCAGCUUUCAUGUUAGAUAGCUGGAUGAUGCAGCACUGGAUGUGUUAAAAAUGUGGGGUGCAGUCCUGUCUGUCUUUGCCAUUGUGGCUUCAGGACAGCAAGGAUUUUAUUCAAGAGUUGGAAAUGACGGGAGCGAGGAGCAUGAAGACACCCCGGGGAAUGGGGGCAUCCGCGCACCUACGCCUCCACUUCGCUUUGCUCCUGUGCAAACACAAAUUUUAUGUUCCCAGAGACCCAAAAGGUCGACGGCGUCCCUGCGGGGCGGUCAGAGGAGGGAGGCGGCUCUUCCUCUACAAACUUUCCCUGUCCCCUCCCUCGCCGCCUCUCUCUCUCCUCUUCUCUCCUCCCUGCAACUCUCGGCUCCCGGUCGGCGAUGGCUGAGAGGCCGGGGAGCAACGGGGCAGCACUGCUGCCCGUCUGGUCCUUGCCCGGUCCCCGCGGCCGCUCCCAAAGCGACAUCUCCUCCUUCUCCUCCUCCCGGAGAACCUGUCUGCUGCGGUCCAUCGUGGGCGGCUCAGUUGAUGGUUUGGACAAGGCUUCAAUUGCUAACUCAGAAGGACCAGCCCCAGGAUCCCAAACUCCCCCCUUCAAGAGGAAGGGCAAACUCUCCAACAUUGGCAAAAUCUUUAAACCUUGGAAAUGGCGGAAGAAGAAGACAAGUGACAAAUUCAGAGAAACGUCAGCAGUGUUGGAAAGGAAGAUUUCGACAAGACAAAGCAGAGAGGAGCUGAUAAGAAGGGGAGUGCUGAAGGAAAUGCCUGAGCAAGAUGGUGAUGUAACAGUAAAUUUUGAAACUUCAAAUGGACACACCAUAGCCAUUGGUGAAGAAACCAUACAGGAAGAAAAUGUGGUAAAAGCUAGUGGAAAUAAUGGCACUUUAUCAGAGAAAACAACAUCAUCGGAAGGAAAAAAAGAUCAAAAAGAGAGCACUACUGGUCACUGCCCAGAAAUACCAACAUCCCAUGCUCCACCACUACCCAAGCCUAAGCCUAAAUCUAAAAAAGCUCUACUGCCACCAAAAAAUGCCAUUGCUGCUUCCACAACCACGAGCCAUAAGGGUAAUGAAGCACCUCAUGCAAAAAAAAAGGGAAAGGGUCCUGCUAAGCAGCCUCCUCUCCCACCGCCCAAGCCAACAGGUCACAGGGCAAAUCAAGAAGCUGCUGGUUCCUCUCAUGCAAGAAAACCACCAGACUCCAAGUCCUCUUCAUCACCAUCUCCUUUGUCUGCAUCAUCUCACCCCAAAGCCUCUAAGGAGACUUCCAGCAAAUUGGGCACAUCAGGGACUCCCAGGGGCAAGAAAAAAACCGGGAAACAGUCAACCCCACGAACAGCACCAGAUGGGGCUGCUUCUUCCCCCUCAGGUGCCACAGCCAACAGUUUGGAAGUGAAGACAGAAAAAAACAAGGCUGAGCAACCUUCCAUAGUAACUUUUGAAAUGGAGGACACAGACCAAUCGAGCAAGCUUGUCGUCCCCCCUCCUCCCACUGCUGCCCCUCCUCCACCUCCACUUCCACCUCCUUUCCCUGCUGCAGCUGGUCAGCCUGCUGUCUCCUCAGAUGCCCAGGAUGUGUCAGACAGCUGUGUGGCAGGGCCAUGCAGCCCUGGAUCAGAUACUAAAACUCUUCUCCAGACUGAGCAUGGCACAGAUGAGAGUCUGAGCAGUACGGCCCUAGGCAGAGGUCCAGAUGCUAGUGGAGAAGACACAGAAAGCUUGGCUAUGAAAGGAGACCAAGAAGUGGAGGCUCCAGACCAGGCACACUCUGAACCAGUGGAGGAGGCUGCUGACACUGGUGCCCUUCAUGAGAGUGAAAGUAGCAGAGAGAGCCAUGGCAGUGACUCAGACUCAGAUGGGCCGAUACUGUACACAGAUGAUGAUGAUGACGAUGAUGAUGAGAAUGCAAGCGCUGAAAGCUCUUUGGCAAGUAAAAUCCGUCGUAGGGAUACUCUUGCUAUCAAACUUGGCAACAGACCAUCUAAGAAAGAAUUAGAGGACAAAAACAUCUUGCAGCGUACAUCUGAAGAGGAAAGGCAGGAAAUCAGACAUCAGAUUGGAACGAAGCUAGUGAGGAGACUUAGCCAGAGGCCUACAACUGAAGAGCUAGAGCAAAGAAAUAUCCUGAAGCAGAAGAAUGAAGAAGAGGAACAGGAAGCCAAAAGAGAAAUAAAACGUAGACUCAGUAGAAAGCUCAGUCUGAGGCCUACAGUGGCUGAACUUCAAGCAAGAAGAAUCCUUCGAUUUAACGAGUAUGUGGAAGUCACGGAUUCUCCGGAUUAUGACCGUCGUGCUGACAAGCCUUGGGCCAGGUUAACUCCUGCAGACAAGGCAGCAAUACGGAAAGAACUGAAUGAAUUUAAAAGCACAGAAAUGGAAGUACACGAGGAAAGUCGGCAAUUUACCAGGUUUCAUCGUCCAUAACAGUUUGACCACAUCCCAUAUUUCAUGUAACAGUUUUCUUUUGGGAAAUCAUUGCAUCCUGAAGACCUGAGAUUGCACUGGAACUUAAGUAUGAGUGUGUGCUACAGUUUACCCUCACGUUAAUGAAGAAAGUGGCCCUCGUCUUUAUCAAUGGACAAAUGAUUUGUCUAGGAGGAGAACUCACGUGAAGCAUUUGUCCGUGUUCAGACAGACCACAGUCUGUGGCUACCCCACACAGACGAGUUGGUGGACUUCUUCAUCAGAGCUCCACAAGUCAGGAAGUGCUGAAGACAAUCGCUUGAGAGCCUGCUACCAGGAACUAUCAGAUUUCAUAGGGUUGUGACUGAGGGUAACUGCGAGGGAGGGGGUGUGUGAAAAGGACUGAGAGCUGGGGGAAGAGAGUCUUCGCUUGUCAGUCCACAGAGAAAAGUGGAAUGGAUGGAACUGCCUAAUGAUGCACAGUGGGAAGAAUUAUUUAAAGGAAAAAAAAAAGAGUGUGUGAGCAACUGUGCGUGUUUAUUUGGUUUUUUUUAAUGGCUACAGCCUGUCUUAAAAAGACAGCAAGCCAUAAGUCCUCAUGUUAUCACUACUUUAGUGAAGAACUGUCAUUUUCUUUGGUGCCAGUAAAUACAGUUGCCAGAAAUUAACUCAUCUGUCUUUUUUAAAAUCCCAAUGUGCAUGCUUCAGGAAAAUACAUUGAACAUUCAUACAGAACAAGCCACAUAUUUUUUGGUUUUUAAUGUUAACAUACUCUGGAUCCUCAGAAAGACAUAAAGAGGAUUUGAAGUUUGAUAACGUUCAAUGAAAUGCUUCAUGUUUAGAAACACUCCCUGCUGUCUGUCACUUGCCAUUCAAACCAGAGGGAUCAUUAUCUUUCUCAUUAUGGCAGGCAGUGGUGACUUCGACAUCAUGCCAGUGUGAAUCCAAAAGUAGAAUAAAAUUAGGCACAGAAGUCUUUGCUAGUAUGCUUGAGGAGUGAUUACUAAUGUGACUUUUUCCAUUUAAGGACUCUUGCAUUGCUUUGAGGAAGAACUCCCAGAUGAUCAGUAUGUCUUCAGCCAGUGGUCCUGUAAAAGUGAAGGAAAAUCCUUGGAGUGUCUGCAGCCUGCUUUUGUUCAGUGUGAAGAAUGCUUCUUAGAUUUGUAAUUUUUUAUACUAUCUUGAAAUAGUAUAUGUGAAUACAGUACUAUUAAAAUUAAGUGGUAUGGAGUGUGAAAGGCAAUACAUGAUUUUUCUAAGUUGGCCCAAAGGCCCAUUAAAAAGCCCGUGGCAUUGUUUACACUAAGAAAUUUUCUGUCUUAUAUUAGCACUUAUUUAUCCUUUGAUUAAUGUACACAACAUUUGGGGGGUGGGUCUGGAAUUCACAUAUGCAUACUUUUAAUGCAGUAUUACAGUAUAUUUGCUAUUUAUCCUUUCUAAUGUGUGUACAUAUUACAAUUUAUUUUUGUCUUUUAUGCGCCCUGUUCAGUUUUUAAUUAUGAAGUGUAAGUAUUUCCUUUUCUGGCAAUAAAAGAUCUGUGUAGAUGUGAUUUUUACCUCAGUAAAUCUGCAAUAGAUUCUUGUGGAAUGUUUUUAGUUUAUAAAAUUGAAGGUUGUUGUUUUAGAUGUCAGCCUAAAGGCAGAAAGGCGAUUUGGUGGCUAAAAUUAGAUAUCCCUCUUCAGUGCUAUUUACAACAAGACCAGGUUUGCAUAAAUGGGGUGGAUUAUUUUAGGAAAGAGCACUUCUAAUAACAGGAGAGUGCAUUCCAACAGCCGUCACUCUAUUAUUUUUAAAGAGAUUGGUAAACCAUUUUUAAAGAAGAUUUUUAUGAUGUUAGGAUCCCUUACAUUUUAGUAAAAACUCUAAUGAGGUACAAGGCCCAAAAUAUCAAUAACGAAAUAAAAUAACCAUCUACAUGCUUGUAGCAAAGAAAAGCAAGCAGCACCUUCCUUUUUUAAUGGAAUCAAUAAGAGCCAUUAGGAUUCCAUUUGCAGAAAACAGUUUAGCUUCUGGGAGGCCCAUCAUUUUAAAAAUAUAGAAACACUACUUUGACAUCAAGGAAGCAGUGAAAAUGUAUUCUUUGGCACUAAAUCAUGCAGGAAUUAUCAAGCCAUUAGAGUUAAGGUUUGUCAGCAAUUCUGGUACAAUGCUAAUUUUUAUUUUUAGAAUUUGAUGAGUAAACUUAAAACUUACACUAGAAGAGUUCUGCUUAAACUUUUUUUUUUUUUUGCUGAUGUUGCCAAAUUUAGAAAUGUGUGUCCAAAAUCAUAUAAAGGUCUACUAUGUUGACUUUGAAGUAUAAAGCACAGUAUUUCACUUCAAAGGAAACAAGUGAAGCAAUUAAACAGACCUCAGUGUUGCCUUAAUCCCAUCAAAACACUUGAAAGCAGCCAAGAUACUAAAGGCAGAAGGAUAGCUGUUGCACAGGCAGAAUAACUUGGACAAAGGUAAGGUAAGACUAUAUAUACUUUAUAUAAGACAGUAGCUCCUCUCACGUGCCAGGGUACGUAUGGGUUACACAAGCAAAGUAAAAGUUGUUAAACUCUUAGGACGAAGUUAAAUACUUGACUUUGCAAGAACAUAUUCCUCUAUUCUAGGCCUGGAGCAUGGAUGGAAAGUUAUGUGCUGCCUUUUCAUUUUAAUAGUUAAAAUGCAAAGGUGAGGAUACAACUUCUAGCUCAGACUUCUUCAAGCUGCAAUAUGUCAUAAGAAAUGAGGAUACUUAGGUGAGGUAUCAUUUAGGCUUUUCCUAUCCUCCUUCUGGGGUUGGAGGUUUUUUUAAAGUGUUCACUACAAGCCAUUGCUAGAGGCAGAACACUAGCCUCGAUGGAGAUGCUGAGUUAAUUUUUAAUUUCUUUUUAUUUUUUAUGACAAUCAGAUGCAUUCUUUGACCCACAAUUCAGCAAACUAAUUAAGUAAAUUUAUGUAACUGGACAAAAGGAUUUGCCUUUAUUGAAACUUAUGUAAAAAUGUAGUAUGCUUGCAGAAUUAGAACUAUAAACUAUCCAUUUUGUAUUAUACCCACACACAGACAUAGAAUUGUAUAUACUAUUUUUAUAUUCUAAAGAUCAACUGGCAGAAAAACAACAGUUGGAAAGUGUUAUCCAUGCAAUAAAAAAUAAUGAGAAUUUGGUAUGUCACUAUGCGAAGUGAAGCAAGUUUGCUUUACCUUAUUGAGCUGCCUGAAGUCUGUUUCUGCUGCAUCUCCUAGCCCUCCAUAUUGAUGAUUUGAAAUGUCUUCGAGUUGCAUCAACAGCCCAUUGGAAAUAAUAUGCUGUAUACUUGUCUAUGGGGCCGCAUGCCUGUUAGAAGAUAAAAAUCAGGAUAAGUCCUGAGAAAUUAAUAAGUGAGUAGUCCUUGAGGAAAAAAAUAAAAAUAUGCUGAAAAGGCAAAACAAAAGUAACACUUUCCAUGUGACACAUAGUACAGUCCAGCUGGCUAAUAGGGAGCAGUAUAUUAAUUUUUAUCAAACUGGACAAAUAAUUUAAAUGUCAUCCACAACAUAUGACAAACCUUACACAUAUUAUACCUAAUGUUCCACAGAGUCAUAUAUGAACUCAGAUGUCUACAGCCAUACAAAGAGAAAAUUAGUAGCAUGAAGUAGUGGUUUCUGAAAUUACCUCAUAUAUCAUGUUUAUCAGUAGAAUCAUGCAUCACACCAUGUUGCUGUGGGUGCAAAAGAAUGGAUGCUUAAUCAAAUCCUAAUUUCUUCUUCACAUAAAAAAUGUAAAUGAUUCUACAAUGUCUCUUGUCUCUCUCAGGUAAUACAUAUUAGUCUUUUUAGCUGAAAUACAGUCUAUAUGAAUUUUCUCAAAUUGUAAUAUAUAUGUUGACUCAACAAGUGCAAAAAAAAAAAUUAAACUGAAUGCUAAUGAUUACUUAAGCUAAAUACCAUUUCAGCUGGUGAUUUGAAACAUGUUAGGACCAGGAGCACCAUCUCUUCAAAAUCACUGAAAGUAUUUGCAGCCAUUUGUAGGUCUACAAGACUGCAUUUAUUUGUUGAGUUUAUCAUUUACCUACAGUUGUCCAUGUCCCUUGCUGUGGUGGCCUUUCCUGACCUCUGAUGUGGUGUGGGGCAGGGCAUACCCACCACCUGCUCUGGCCACACUAAGUACCUCUUAGAGAAGCACCAUAGCCUCGGUGUUGAUAUGUAAAAACCUUAUCAGGUGACCACUUCUUAUUUUUUACCUUGAAAAUGAAAUGAAAGCUGUGAAACAAAGGCAUUAAAGCACCCCUGAUAUUAAGAAAUUAGACCAUUAGACCACUCCUUCCAGGUGAGAUUAGUGCUUUGUUUCCUGUAGAAAUGCUUCAAACUCAGAGCUGUAACAAGUACUACUACAACUACAUCAGAGAAUUUGUUUCAAAACAGCAGUCAAUUAACCUGACUAUAAAUUUAAUCUGAGCCCUAAUUUUGUAUCAUCAUAAAGUGGGAGGAAGAUCCAGCCAGCACAGACUAAAAAUGUCUAAUCUAGUCUGGCAGCCUGGGAAUCAGCUGAAAUCCCUUCAACGGCUGCAGCCGGCAGGGGUUGGAGCCAGGGUAGGAAGAGCCACACUGUCACCUGGCUACCUAGCAGGACAGGUCUGUGUGAGCACUGCUGGCAUACUAAGCAGGGACUAGACUAUCCACCCAUGUCUUAAUGUCUGUUAAUGCUUUAAUGAUAAAGCAAACCAAGCUAAAAGCCUACGUUUGCAUGAAACUGUCAGGCACACCUGAACUGCAUCUUUUAAUGCUUUCACAUCAUCUCUUUUUGGUAAUUUCUUAAGGAGUUAAGACCUGUGCCACUGCUGCAAACUAAAAUAAAAACAUACUCAGGGUGAAAAAAAAGGAUAGACUUGCCUCCUGCCUUUACAGGCCACAUUUAGUUCCAUUAUUGUUUCUAUCCGUAUUCUUACUGUACAAAGCUCAGUGCAAUGCUCACUGCUGGGACCUAGAUUUUAAUAGAAAAAGUGAUUCUGGAAGCUUUUAUUAGGUUGAUGCAAAAAUAUUUUGAGGAUCAAAUUUAAAAAAAAAAAGAAAAAAAGUAAAUUCUCCAGAAUAGCUUAAAGCUUCUAUUUAACAGAAAUCUGGAAAAAAACCCCCACCAAAACUCAUGGAAGUAUAUGUAUAGAGAGAAAGGGAGAAAAAGGAGUGAAAUGAACAUAUUUUGCUGUAAUGUUUCUAUUUAUUAACUUUAAUAAUUAAUAAGUUCUUGUUUCACUUUGUCAGUUCCCACCUUGUUUCAGGUUUUUAAUGGCAAUAGAGCUCAUAUGAACUAGAUACAGCAUAUCACCAAUAUUUUCUAGGAGGUAAAUAUUGCAUUGGAUAGAACUGAAGAAAGUAAUGGUAUUCCCUGUAUCUCCUUGUUCAAUCAUUAAUUCUUUAUAUUAAAAAAGUCUUUCAAUGCUAUGUCAAAUUCAACAAUAUUUGAACAUUGUUAUGAUAUAGUAAAAUGUUGCUGAACAAAUCUUCUCUUCUUUCACUACUUUGUGUGGUGGUAUACUGAUUUGUAAACUUGCAUAAAUUUUGGAAUUAAAGAAAUACUGUGUUUUGGAUUA